AUGAUUGCCCCUCUGGGAGAACUCAAGGCCCAGUCCAAGGAGCCACUUUAUCCAAAAUACCUUCCACACUAUGACCCUCUGGAAAAGGUGGAAGAGGUCGGUCCCUUUGAGCAUGACGACCCCGGUCACCGUGCCGACCCGAAAAUGCCAAAUCUGUUGCAGAAUGCGACCAGUAUCACCGAGCUCAGUCCGCACUGCGGCACCGAGCUACUGGGUGUCCAAUUGACCGAGCUGACGACCGAGGGCCUGGAUGAGCUGGCACUACUGACGGCUCAACGAGGGUGCGUGGUAUUCCGUGACCAGACCUAUACGGACGCCGGCUUCAAGGAGCAAGCCAAGAUUGCUUCGCACUUCGGCCCCCUGCACAAGCACGGAUGGAUGCCACACCCUCAGGAUGGACCUGUGGAAUUCGUGAUCGUCUACGAUUCCAAAGACGAUCUACGGAUUCGGAAAUCAUGGGCGAGGAAGAGCCCAAUUCAGUUCCACGUCGAUCAGUCUCCAGAGCGUCAACCUCCUGGUCUGACAUUUUUCUGCAUGUUGGAGUCGCCAGAUGGCAGCGGAGGAGAUACGAUUAUUUCCAACAUGGGCAGAGCAUUCGAGCGACUCUCUCCUUCAUUCCGAAAGCGCCUGGAAGGUCUCAACGCUGUGCAUACGACUGCAAACCCGAUACUGCGAGAAAUACGCGACAACGGAAAUAACUCUGUCUUGAGGCGACCUAUCACUCGCAAUAUCCACCCUGUCGUCACUGUCCAUCCCGUUACCAAACAGAAGGGGCUUUUCGUCAAUUCAUCGUAUACCCAAAGUAUCGUCGGAUGGGACGAAGAAGAAUCUGAUUAUAUGCUUAAAUUUCUUUUCGACCAUAUCAAUCGUGGUCAAGACUUCUCUUGCAGGGUGAGAUAUGAGCCCGGAACUGUUGUGGUUUGGGAUCAGCGCAUUACUCAACAUUCUCAAACGCUGGAUUAUGCUGCAGGUGAUCGCCGCCACGCCUUCAGAUUGACUCCGUUAGCGAAUGUUCCGAUCCCGAGCAAAAUCGAAGAGGACGAUGGUGAAUGCCAAAAGGAUGAGGCAAGAGUAAUGCUCAAUCUCUGCUAG